AUGGAAGGAUAUAGCCUAAGCUCCAUCGAGAAUUACUAUAAGGUGUCUACAGAAAAUAAUAAUGAAAUUUAUUCUUUUAAUCAACUCUCUUCGCCUAAAGCCGAAAGAUCCGCAUUUCUGAACUUGGUCGAAAAUUAUCAUAAAGUUGCACAACAAUCAUUAUCUACUGACCCACCAUCAUUCACUGGUAACGUUGAUUGUAUCUCGAAGCAAAUACUUAAAUUUUGCUCUAGCAGAGUGGCCGACCGGAAAAGGGCGAUAGAGAAAGCCAUAUCUGAGAUUAACCCCGUCAUUCAAGAUAUCCUAAAAGAAAUAGAGAUCCAAGAACCCAGGUUCAUAUCCUCGCUUAACGCCAAUUCUCAAACCGGAAGGUUUGAUGGUCUAACAGUAGUGGGCGGCCUUAGAUUUGAGGUGAACCUUUUUCUCAAUCAAAUGGGGGUAUUUAAUUUCGUUGACGAUGGCAGCAGUCCAGGAUGUUCAGUUUUGAAGCUUUCUGAUGGGCGAAAACGUUCGAUGUCUCUCUGGGUCGAAUUUAUAACAGCCUCUGGUUAUUUAUCAGCCCGCAAAAUAAGGGCCCGAUUUCAUUCUCUUUUAGUUGAAGCUUGCGAUAAGGUAGAGAGUAAAUACAAGAACAAAUCCUACCAUGAUUUUAGCAAGGCCUACGAUGGUAUGAUGGAUGAGGGUCAGUUAUACUAUAAUAGCACCUCCAAAGAGAGUCUCAAGUUCUAUCAAAGAUAUAUCUCUGAUGAUAAUGGAACUUGGAAGUCAAAGGAUAACAUCUACGAAGGGUACCGAGGAAAUUGGGAAGGUUAUCACGAUAAUAAUUAUGGUUUUGAAUCUUCUAAAAAUUAUUAUCGGGCUAGCAAUCAUUUUAAGACGUCAGGUGACUCUAAAAUGAUAAAGAUUUUGACAAAAUUUGAAGACGAUGGCAUUAAUUUCGUUCAGGAAAAAAAUCGUGCCUCUGAUACCUAUACCGGUUAUCCUCUGAAUGCUAACAAUAAAGCAAAAACACCCAAAGGUUUAGAAGACAUACUUGGCAAAAACAAACAGGAGAACAAUAAUAGGGCUAAUGCCGAUGUCACGAUAUCUCUAUGGAACAAAUAUUUAAUCACGAUCGUGCCGGCUUUCAAAUGCCAAGGUAUGUGGCCUCGUAGCGCCAAUUCAUGGCCUGCCACCUCUUCAUGCGGAACUAAAAAUUGCAACAACUUUUCACAUCAAAUCCCUCCAAAUAGAAAUACUAAUAAUUUUUCACACAAUUAUAAUAAAAAUCCGGCCAUGGUUUCAAAUUUUCGCAUGGACGAACAAUUGAUAUGCAAAGAAAUUAACAACAGCCGUUGUGUAAAUUGUCCAUCCCAGACCUGGCCCCAUCAUAAUUUGAUAACUCGCGCUAAAUCUCAAGGGUUUACACUCGUGUCAAGGGAGCCUUAUUUUCCAUCACACUUUCAAGUUUCACAUACUGAGGAUAUCGACGAAACUCUUAAUGACGACGACAUUGAUCAAAAUAUUCAAUUUAGUAAAAUCCUAAAAAAUUCAGACAAUUUAAACAAUAAUGACACAUCUGUUUACCUUUCAAAGACUAAACCAGGCACUGGUAAAGUAGCACCAUCACCCACUAAUCAAGCUAGCGCUUUCAACAAUCCUUCGGCCAUAGAAGGCGACACUUGGCUCAUGGUUUUCACUGAGGCAGAGGACGUUUUAUUGAACGGGGGCUGCAGAAGGAUUUGUUAUCGAAUUUUGAAAACCUUGAGGGAUAGGCACUUGGAUAAGAUUCCUGGCAGACCCAUCACGGCCUAUUUAUUGAAAACGCUAUUGUUAUUCGAAUGCGAAAAACAUCCUUACGAAGAGGCCUGGAAUAACAAAAAUAUUAGAUUAACAGGUAUACUAUUGCAAUUAAUAUCCUGCUUACAAUGCAAAAAAUGUCCUCAUUAUUUUCUCCCUGCCGUUGACCUGUUAAAAGAUCAUCAUCCAUUCAACCUAAAUUAUGCAGCCAGAGAAACUUGGAAAUUGGUAAGAGCUAUCAUCCUAAACCCCUCAAAAUGUUGGGAGGAACUAUGA